AGACAGAUAUACAAAGAAGACAAAGCCAGAGAGAGAGAGAGAGAGAGAGAGAGAGAGAGAGCUAAGGCCUAAGAAGAAGAAGAAGACGCCGCCUAGAAAUGGCGAAUCCAAGAGCAACAGUUCUGAUAAUCCUCGUCGCCGUCUGCUUGAUCUCCAUCGCCAGAGAAUCUAAUGGCCGGGAGCUUCGUCCGUCGGAUCACGGCCUGGAUUUCCAGGAAUCGACUCCGUCGGGGGAGAAGGAAUCGCCGGAGAUGAAGUCAUUCUUCGGAGGAGAAGGAGUGUCUCCGACGACGAACGUGGCAUUGCCGAAGGCGCUGAACUCGACGGCACCGUCGUGGUGGAGCGUUGGCAGUGACGGUGGAGAGAAGAGAGAUCGCGUGAGGCAAGUGCUGUUGGUGGGGAGCUUGGUUUGUGGGGUUACAGGUGUCGCAUUGCUAGUGGCUUCUGGUUUGCUUUAUAUCUUCAAGUAUAAAAAGCAAAAAAAUUCAUCAAUUCCAAUCCAAUCCUCCUCAUCGCCGCCCAUUAACGAUUCCAUUUCCAAGUAGUGGUUGUUAUUCAAUUUGUUUGCAUAUUUUGUUUUUUUUUUUUGGUUCUUUUUCUUUUUCUUUUUCUUAUUCUUAUCCAUUUUAUGUACAAAAAGCAAGUAAAAUUGGGGUAUAAUGCAGAGAGAAAUCUUUUUUUUUUUUUUUUCCUAAUUCUUCUUUACCCUUGUCCUCCAAGUUCUAUAGAAAAGAAAAAAAUUAAAUGGUUUUUUU